AUGUUGCCCAGAGAAAGUCAUAAGCUUGAGAGCCCGAUAUUGAUGGAUGAAAAGGACGACGGCUUCACCAUGGCUCCCUCGAAGUCUACCUCCGCUCCUACGAAUACUAAAUGGACUCAUGAGUUUGAUACAAUUCGAAGAGAGAAACUUUUUCGAGAUCCCCCAAAAGAUCACACAGCAUAUCCUGCACUUACAGCUGCAGUUGCACCUCAUAUUGAGUCAUUCAAUGCGCUGUUCGAGAAAGAUGGGUUAAUUGCUCAAGGUUUAUUGGAUAUUGGUUCCAAAACAUACCUCGAUGGAGACGAUAGAUUAGGACCCUCGGGAAAGAAUAGGUUGACGGUUAGAGUUAAGGAAGUCUUCGUUGAGAAGUCUAUGUUGCCUGCAUCGAACAAAUUUUCCACCAAGAACAGAGAGAUCUUACCGGCAGAGUGCAGAGAACGACAUGUUACAUACAGAGGAAAAAUGUCGGCGCGCAUGGAGUACUCGAUUAACAAUGGGGACCCAAAGGAGUUUAUUAGAGAUCUUGGACAAUUGCCUUUGAUGUUGAUGUCAAACAAAUGUCAUCUUCAAAACAACUCACCAGCACAGCUUGUACAAAAGAAAGAAGAAUCCGAGGAGCUUGGCGGAUACUUUGUGGUGAACGGAAUUGAGAAAAUUAUUCGUCUUCUUGUCGUAAAUCGAAGGAAUUUCCCAAUGGCUAUCAUCAGACCUUCGUUUAAGGGGAGAGGUCCAACAUACACCGAAUUUGGUAUGCUCAUACGAUGCGUACGACCCGAUCAAACUUCUCAAACCAACGUUCUCCACUAUCUAAAUGAUGGAAAUGUCACUUUCCGUUUUUCAUGGCGCAAGAACGAAUUUCUUGUGCCUGCCAUGAUGAUUUUGAAGGCAUUGGUAGAGACAAACGAUAAGGAAAUUUUUGAAGGACUCGUCGGUGCUGCUGGAUCAAAGGGAGCAGAGAACACGUUCUUGACUGAUCGUGUGGAAUUGUUACUACGAACUUAUAAGGCUUACGGUUUAUACACGAAGAGCAAGACUCGAGCAUACUUGGGCGAGAAAUUCAGAAUCGUUCUUGGAGUUCCAGAUACCAUGUCGAAUUACGAUGUCGGAACAGAAUUCCUACGAAAGAUUGUCCUCGUUCAUCUCGGAAAUGUCAACGUCACGGAAGCGGAGGAUAAGGAUAAGUUUAAGAUGCUUCUUUUCAUGACGAGAAAGUUGUAUUCUCUUGUUGCUGGAGAUUGUGCUGGUGAUAAUCCUGAUGCGGUUCAGAAUCAGGAGAUAUUGCUUGGUGGAUUCUUAUUCGGAAUGAUUAUCAAGGAGAGACUUGAGGACUGGCUUCACACUAGUUUGAGAAUGGCAUUAAGGGACUAUGUUCGACGCAGCCCGGAGAACAACUUUGCGACACCUGAGUUUUUGAAAGACUUUCCGGUAAAGAUUUGUUCGAGAACAAAUGAACAGGUUGGUGGUGCUUUGGAGUACUUCAUGUCAACUGGAAAUCUUGUCAGUCCAACGGGUUUGGAUCUUCAACAAACUUCUGGAUUUACGGUAGUUGCUGAAAAGAUUAAUUUCUUGCGAUUCAUCGCCCAUUUUCGCAUGAUUCAUAGAGGUAGUUUCUUCGCCCAGUUGAAGACUACUACUGUUCGUAAGUUGUUGCCAGAGAGUUGGGGUUUCAUGUGUCCCGUCCACACCCCCGAUGGAAGUCCUUGUGGGCUGCUAAAUCAUCUUUCGCACAAAUGCAUAAUUCUUACUCACGCCUCGGAUGUAUCGGCUCUACCCUCGCUCCUUUCUGAACUUGGUGUCGUCGGUACUGGCUCAUCGUCUACUGAUGAGAGUGUCAUCGUUCAAUUGGAUGGCAAAAUCAUGGGCUGGUGUUCACCCAAGCAAUCUCUCGUCAUCGCCGACACUCUCCGCUACUGGAAAGUCGAAGGAUCACGUGGUGUUCCAGUUAAUUUGGAAAUUGGAUACAUCCCAAAUUCCCACGGUGGACAAUAUCCAGGAAUCUAUCUGUCUGCCUCACCAGCUAGAAUGGUCAGACCAGUGAAAUAUCUUGCGCUCGAUAAAGAAGAUUUCGUUGGGCCACUUGAACAACCCUUCAUGUCUAUCGCUGUUACCGAGCAAGAGAUUGAAGCGGAACACACUCACGUUGAGUUUGAUCCUACCCAUAUUCUCUCCAUUCUUGCCAACAUGACUCCUUUCUCCGAUUUCAACCAAUCGCCCAGAAACAUGUACCAAUGUCAGAUGGGUAAACAAUCGAUGGGUACACCCGGAACAGCUACCCGUUACAGAACCGAUAACAAGGCGUAUCGUCUCCAAACCGGACAAACUCCAAUUGUCCGCGCACCACUCCACAACGAAUAUGGUUUUGAUAAUUUCCCCAACGGCAUGAACUCUGUAGUUGCCGUCAUCUCUUACACCGGAUACGACAUGGACGACGCUAUGAUAAUCAACAAAUCCGCGCACGAGCGCGGUUUCGGUCACGGCACAAUCUACAAGACCAAAAAAUACGAGUUGGAGGAAGGGCACAAGUCUCGAUCUGCUAGAAAUAUCAAGAAGCUUUUUGGUUUUGCUCCUGGUGGACUUGUGAAAGCGGAAUGGAAAGCCGACAUUGAUGAGGAUGGUUUGCCGUUCAUUGGACGGAUGGUACAAAAUGGUGAUUUGAUUGCUGCAUGGCACACGGUUUCCAUGGACGAGAAUGGCAAAUACGUCAAUCGAGAUGGCCAAACUCAUUUCGAGAAAUACAAGGAGACGGAAAUCGCAUUCAUUGAAGAAGUAAGAUUGAUUGGAAAUGAGAACGGAAUAGAGCCUUGUCAAGCUGUUUCUGUCAAACUACGCAUCCCACGUUCUCCAGUUAUUGGAGAUAAAUUUUCGAGUCGUCACGGACAGAAGGGUGUCUGUUCGCAAAAGUGGCCAGCAGUCGACAUGCCAUUCACGGAAUCUGGUAUUCAACCAGAUACCAUCAUUAAUCCUCACGCUUUCCCUUCUCGUAUGACUAUUGGUAUGUUUGUCGAGUCCUUAGCUGGAAAGGCCGGAGCAUUACACGGUUUGGCGCAAGAUAGUACACCGUUCAAAUUCGACGAGGAACAUAAAGCGGGUGACUAUUUCGGACAUCAAUUGAUGAAGGCUGGAUACAAUUACUAUGGUAACGAACCCAUGUAUUCUGGUAUCACUGGAGAGGAGUUACACGCAGAUAUCUACAUCGGAGUUGUCUACUACCAGCGUCUUCGUCACAUGGUAAACGAUAAAUACCAAGUCAGAACCACAGGUCCAGUCACACAACUUACCGGACAACCAAUCAAGGGUAGAAAGAAGGGUGGUGGUAUCCGUGUGGGAGAGAUGGAACGUGAUUCCUUGUUAGCUCACGGUACAGCUUUCUUAUUACAAGACAGAUUACUCAACUGCUCCGAUUAUACGAAAUCCUGGAUUUGCAAGGAAUGUGGAACUUUCUUGUCGACUCAGCCCACAGUUUCGGCAUUUGCAAAUAAGAAGAGAGGGACGGGCGUGGUAAGAUGUAGAAAAUGCGCGACGAGAGCCGAAGAGAAGUUAGGUGGAGGCGAAGUCUGGGAGGAUGGAAAGGGGCAGAGAUGGGUGGGCGGUGAAGAUACCACGGUGGUGGCGGUACCGGGUGUGUUGAAGUAUUUGGAUGUUGAGCUGGCGGCUAUGGGUAUCAAGUUGAAGUAUAAUGUUGGGCCUUGA